UGCAAGCUCUAGGUGCUCUGACGGCCCUCGCAGCUGCACCCCCACCCGUGUUACCAGAACGUCGGGUACUACGUGGGGGCGAAGAGGCGCAAGUGGGGCACGCGGUUGCAGCUGCAGCCGGACUGCGCCGCGGUGUGGGGCGGGGCACUCUUAGGGUCGACCCUGAAGCUCGGAGGCGACCCCCACGCGGAGCUUCGGGUUGAACAUGAGGCGGGGCCGGCGGGGGCCCCGGAGGCCUACGAGAGGACCCAGCGCCAGUAGCGGGGUCGGCCGGACCCAAGUCGGAGAAAGGACAGGGACACUGCAGGUGUCGUCUAAGGUCUGUAAAGUUAGCGACGCGCGGCGCCGCGCGCGUGCGUGCGUCGAGCGUCAGUCACCAGAGCUGCGGAUUUUUGGGCCAAAACUUUGAUCCUGCAACGGCAUGGGUGGACCACAACCCAUGUUUUACGGGUGGGCGCCCCAACCAACACCACCUCAAGUUCCGAUGUUUGGCCACAGUUCACAAGCUCAGCCAAAGCCGUGGGAUGUUGAGUCUGACUCAGGAUCAGACUCCGAUUUUCAACCAUCUCAGAAAAGCCGCAAGCUUUCGCAACCACCAAAGAAAUUGGCAGCCAAUCCAAGCGGCACUGUAAAACGAGGACCUGGACGCCCAAGGAAGAAUGAAGCCGCUGAGGAUAAGGCCCAAGCCGAGUUUGUGACUACACUACCCCCGGAACUGUCAGGAUCUGAUGCUGGUGCUUUCACUACAAAAGACGAGUGCAGACACUGCAGGGUAUACAAGGGCAGCUGCCUUUUAAAGCCAUGUGGACAUGCAUUAUUCUGCAAGAAAUGUGUUAAUGCCUUACGCAAAGAAAGUCUGAAGAGAUAAUACAUAUUGAAUGAAAAGGGACUAUAGUUGUGCAGCAUGUAACAGCAAGAGCCAUAUUAUCUACAGUACCACGACCCUGAAUCAGAAUGGUACUGAAGCCCUAGCUGAGCACUUCUUUGGUACACUUGCGGAACCGACUAGGCCAGUUUGCAAGAAAAAGUCCACGUUCACUGCAGUGUGUGACCAAGGUAAACGUGAUGC